UUCAAACCGCACGGCUACACACUGAGGCAGCCAGAAUUGACUCAAACACACACAUGUGCACACCUCAACACAGACUAGCCCUGUGCUGAAAAUUAGACAAAAGCACAGAGUCUACAUCACUUUCUACCUCUUGCUUGCAAAUGCACACACAAACAACAGCUGCCAACAUGUUGCUUCAAGGAGCUUUGACCCUAUUCAUCCUGUGGGGAUCAGCCUCUUGUGUGCGGUAUCAGGCUGACUUCAACAUGAUGGGGAUCACUGGCUGGAUCCGAUUUGACUCCGCAGAUCAGAGGUCCACCGUUAAUCUCACAGGAACCAGCGCAUGUCAAUCAUUCAACAUCUCACUUACUUCGUUCCCAGUUAUGUACGGUCAUUUUGCUUCACCCUGUCAAAAGUCUCACAUAGGAGACAGUGUUUUCAUAUUUUUUGUAGAUCAGCCUCAGACUACUGUGAAUGUGUCCACUUUAUUUGAGCAGCGCCUUAGUCUGGAUGCCCUCUCUGUGCUGGUGGACACAUGUAGUGGGACAAGGGUUUGUGCAGCACUCACCCCAGAUUCCCAGGUAAGAACAUGGCAGGCACGUUUUUUCAGUCCCAUGGCUGGAAAUGUCUACAUCAGGCAACUCGCCGGAGAAGCAGGGGCAAGAGUUCUCUCAAAUCUCAGAAAUGUUGAUCAGACAAGUACUUUAACAAAUGUGACAAUUUUUGUGUCCCAAAGCUCUGCCACGAGCUGCACUACCCUCAUUAGUAAUCUUGAUCCCAAGAGCCUGACAAAGCUGGGUGUUCUGAAUUUGGGAUCACCUCAAGAAUCUGUGAAGUCUCGGUUGGAAAUCCCCACUUUCAAUUCUAAUGCCCGGUUUGCUGUCUUCAGCUUGACCUCAGGCUACAUUUGUGCGGAGAUCAAAAGUAUUUCAGACAAGACAGUUAGCGCUGUACUGAACAUGCAAGGGAUUAAAGGCUACUUUUCCUUCCAACAAAAAUCUCCAUUCGAUCUCACCACCAUCACUGUUAACUUGACUAACCUGAACAGAAGAGUUGGGCCAUACCAUGUUCAUCAGUUUCCCCUACCCCAGAUGAGGUCUCCUUCAGACAGCAGCUGUAGUAAUAACAAUGCUGGGGGUCACUGGAACCCGUUCAAUGUGAAUGUUCAGGCACCAGCAUAUCCACCACCAAAAGGCUCCACUCAUGAUCGCUUUGAGGUCGGAGAUCUCAGUUCCAGGCAUGGAUCUCUGGAGAAUACAAGUAACUUUCAGGCUACUCUCACAGACUGGAAUCUACCUCUGUUUGGGUGGAAUAGCAUUGUGGGUCGCUCUGUCGUGAUACACACGCCCAAUGGGACCAGAUUUGCCUGUUCAAGUAUAGACUACCCUAGUGAGGUUACUGUUGCUAAAGCUGUCUUUCAUGGUCCAGUUGUAGGGACAGUCCUCUUCAGCCAGCCUACUGGUGAGCCAUAUUCAGAUGUCUCCAUAUUUGUGGACCUAUCUUAUGGACAACUUUCUGCACGAUCCACAGCGAAUCAUAGCUGGCACAUCCACAACUAUCCCAUUAGCACUGAGACAGACAGUGACAUGGCAUGUUGUCUGUCGACUGGAGGACACUGGAAUCCAUACAACAUCAACACCACAGGAAGUGCAUACACAGUUAACUGUAGUCCCGGGAGCCCUUUUGCCUGUGAAGUUGGGGACAUCUCUGGAAAGCAUAAGACUCUGGAUUUGCAGUCAGACAUGGGGUCGGUGGCAACCAAGUACUUUUUUACUGACACUACCUCUUGGGUGCUUGGAAUGAUUGGUCGUUCUUUAGUGAUACACGGUUCAGACCGAACAGCAAACCGGAUUGCUUGCGCAAACCUUACUUUGUACCGCUUUCCUUCUGCUCACUCAAAAUCUUGGUUUGGGCCUGAAUCCUCUGGAGGACAGAUCCGAUUCUCCCAAGCCUCUCCUCAAGGACCAACAAUACUAGACAUCUCCUUCACUGGGCUUAACUCAAAAGCUGGAGGCUACCACAUCCACAUACUCCCAAUCAAGAGCACCCAGGAACCCUGCUCAGACAGUAACAUCAUGGGGCACUUCAACCCAUUUUCUGUAAAUGCAACUUUAUCUCCAGCUCCAGGGAAUGGCACGGUUGACCAGUAUGAGAUUGGAGACAUUAGUGGGAAGUUUGGAGACCUAACAGGUCAGAACAACUUUCAGAUCCAGUACAAGGAUGGUAAUAUGCCCCUUUCAGGACCAAACAGCAUAAUCGGUCGGUCCGUGGUCAUACAUUACAGCAGUGGUUUAAGAAUGAGGUGUGCUGAUAUAUCAGCAGAAGACUCUAAAGAUGGAAACUGGGUGACUGCAGAGGCCAAAUUCAGUACUGCUGUUACUGGGACAGUGGUGAUGUCCCAGCAGACAUUUCCAGAUGGCAGUUACAGUGACGUUAUGAUAGAAGUUGAUCUGCAAUCAUUAAAUUUUUCAUGGGCUUCCUGGUACAUCGCAGAUAAACCUGUGUACACGGAUGGCUCAUGUCCUGAAGAUGACGAGAUCUUUAAUCCAUUUAACAUGACAAAUAUGAACAACUGUUCUCAGGCCAGGGCUUUGUCCUGUAUGGUUGGCGAUCUGACAGGCAGAUAUGGACCCAUACGUCUCUCCAAAAGACAGCUGUUCACUGACUCUCUAGUGCAACUGGCUGGAGACUUCACAGUUAUCCAGAGGGCAUUAGUUCUCAGAGUCAAUAGCACCACAGCCGUAUGUGCCGAUAUUUACCCAGAAUCCCCUUCUUCUCUGCAGAUCUUCCCCAAAAUUGACUCCUUCAACAGGUAUGAUUUUCGUAAGAGAGUGGCAGAGGUGUUGAACAUCCCCAUCUCCAGAAUCUCCAUCUUACCUGGGUCUCCUUCAUCGUUGUCUAAUGGGACUUGCCAGCAGGUCAAUUUUGUGGUGUCAGGUGAAGUGAGCCCAGAGAAAUUAAACUCAGUUAGGAACAGUGACAAGAUGGGUUCGUUCAGAGAAUCAACAAAGUGCCCUCGAUCUGGAAAUGCAGGACUCAUGCUGGUCCCCUGCUGGACAUCAGUGUUCGCCCUGACCGCUGCAGUCAGUCUACUAAGGCUCUAGAUGGACAGAGCAAUAAUGUCACAGCACUGCCUUCAUUUCAGUCCUUUCACAAACAUGUACAGCUCAGCUCAAUACUGGAACAAACUCUUUUAAAAUAAUCUCCUUUUGCCAUUUCACACCUUUAUUCUUGUCUGAAACUGAUGUGAUCGCAUUUCACAGAUGUUUCUGCUCUGUUCCUAGUGGAGUUUCGGUGGGAUUAAUGAAUGUGUAUUUGUUGUAAAUUCCUGAAAAGGCUAACUUAAUACUGUAUUAUACUCUUUCUUUUGCAACUCUGAUUUCUGUUUGGUGUAUAUUUUGUAUGACGCAAUUGGUGUGAAUACAAAACAGCUCUCCUGACUCUGUAA